UGCUGGUCAAGGAUGGGACUGGACCACAGGAGCGCAUUUCGCGCCUCCGUUUUACUGGCUUGUGUGAUAAUCUGCGGUAACGUGCUAUGUCCCGUCGGUGCCUACCUCUACAACAACCGCUACGCAGGUGAUCAAGUCUUCAGGAUAACCCCGAGUAAUGAUGAGGAGGUCCAAGUGCUCAAGAAAAUUCUGGGACACAUGAAGGUGGACUUCUGGCAGCCCAACAGUGCUACUCUGAUCUGUCAAAAUGCCACUGUGGACGUCCAUGUGAAACGCAACGACACGCGAGGUUUACACGCACGCUUAAAGCAGAAACAUAUUGACUAUCGGGUGUUUAUCUCCAAUCUGCAGAAGGAAAUUGAAAAGCAGACGGGAUAUCGCUCCUCUCGCAAGCGGAGGUCAGAGUCUCAGUAUGACUACGAGACUUACCACUCUCUGGAAGAGAUCCAGAGCUGGAUGUUUGAGAUGAACAGAACCAACUCCGACCUGGUUGACAUGUUCUCCAUUGGGAAGUCGUACGAGGGGAGGCCGCUUUAUGUGCUUCAGAUAGGAAAGAGAAGUCGUCAUCAGAAGAAAGCUGUUUGGAUCGACUGUGGCGUCCAUGCCAGAGAGUGGAUAGGACCUGCCUUCUGCCAGUGGUUUGUCAAGGAGGCCAUCAACUCAUACCAGUAUGACUCUGUGAUGAGACGACUGCUCAAUCAGCUCAACUUCUACAUCAUGCCUGUCUUCAAUGUGGAUGGAUAUCACUUCAGCUGGACUACGGAUCGGUUCUGGAGGAAAACACGGUCCAAAAAUCACAAGUUCCACUGCAGAGGAGUGGACGCUAACAGAAACUGGAAAGUGAAAUGGUGUGAGGAAGGUGCCUCCUCUCAUCCCUGCGAUGACACCUACUGCGGCCCCUUCCCUGAGUCUGAACCUGAAGUCAAGGCCGUUGCCAAGUUCUUACGCAAGCAUAAGAAACGAGUCAAAGCAUACAUCUCCAUCCACGCCUACGCCCAAAUGCUGCUUUACCCCUAUUCCUACAAGUAUGCCACUAUCCCCAACUUCAACUGUGUGGAGUCAGCAGCUCAUAAUGCAGUGACAGCCCUGUACUCUGCCUAUGGAGUGAGGUACAGAUAUGGACCGGCCUCCACCACCCUGUAUGUUAGCUCUGGCAGCUCUAUAGACUGGGCCUACAGGAACGGGAUCCCGUAUGCGUUUGCAUUCGAGCUGAGGGAUACAGGAUACUUCGGCUUCCUCCUGCCCGAGUCCCUGAUCAGCCCGACCUGCACCGAGACAAUGAGGGCUGUGAAGGCUAUUGCAUCAGGUCUGCUUAAGAAGUGCGAAACAGACAGGGACAGAUUUCCAUAUAUAUGAGCGCACUGUAGGUCCUGGGAGCUCCACCUUCACAGUUACUCAUCUCAACACAUCAUAUUCCUCCCAGAUCUCAUAUUCCUCCCAGAUAUUAUCAGACGAGGAGCUGAGAUGGUGCAGCAGAACAUGAAUUUUAAUUUGAUUUUCUUAUGUUUGAGGUUGUCCACCUUAUUUUUCUUAUCUGAUGAGAUAUGAACUGAUGGCGGCAGGGGAUUUUUGUGCCGAUAACCAUGAAUUCUAUAAGUGACCAGCCUGUUUACAUUCAGUAACAUCCCACACAUGACGUCAGAGAUUCUGGAUCAGUGGGCUAUUACGUGUCCCAUACAGAUCCAGUGUCAUGACCUUGAGCAUGUAUCCCUCUCCUCCUUCCCCAAAUUCUUUAUUCUUCAAAAACACUAAUAGUGCAGACUUCUUUAUAAUAUAAGCUGAAUGGUGGUCAUGUGAGCACUUGUCAUGAUACAAUAGCACUUUUUUAUUUUUAAGAAACAGCUAUGUCUUCCAAAAUAUGUUUUACUUAAACUGUUUUUAAUGACUCUAUCUCUUUUUUUAUUCUGGUUGCGUUUUAUUUUGAAAUUAGUCCUACCAAGUGCCAGUUAAUGUUAAUGUAUUAAUGCCUUUAUUACUGCAACAUUGUUGGUGUAUAUAAUAAACUAUCACCUGACAAUCUUAAGUUUGGUUUAAAUUAAAAUGUUUUUUGUUAGCUUUAUAUUUUUUUCAUUUUAUUCUGACUGUAAUUUGGAUUAAAUGACC